CCCCCCCCCCCUCCCCGGCCGACGGGUAGCAUGCUGCGCGCCCUCCUCUCAAAGCCCCCUGUGAGAAGAGCAUGUUUUUCGGGGCCACGCGCGUCGGCGUACCGGCGUCUUGCCAGCACCCUUGCGGGACCCUGCUCCUGCUCGGAUCAUGAGCACGGCCAUCACCAUGAGGCAGGGCCGCCCCUGGUGCCCCUCUUCCCGGGGAUCGCCCCGAAUUGGUCAUCUCCUUCUCCCCCUCCCCAAACCGGGAUCCCUCUCCUCGACUUUGCCCUGAACCAAUACGGCAUCCAGCAUGUCUUCUCGGUCAGUGAGCUGGCCGGGCGCCAGUCUCUGGACGCCCUGGCCAGCCUGCUGCAGGAGGCCGCCUCCCAGCAGCUGGAGCCGCACCCGGCAGAUGGGCUCCCCCUGCCGGAGCCAACCGCCUCCCCCGAGCCGGAUGUCCAGUACCCGGAGCUGCUGUGCACCUUUUGCGCCGAGCACCCGGCCGAGCUGAUCUGUCCACGUUUGCUGAGGCGCGGCCAUUUGCUGGACCUUCCCCCCGGCCCGGCCGGCAUGGCCUUCUACGCCCGGCGUGUGCAGCUGGGCCGGUGCGCCGUGUGUGGCCUGCACCCCAUCUACCAAGCAUGCCCCUUCUUGCCGGAUGACGAGCAUGCCACCCCGGGCCUGGCUUUCCCCUACACUGGCCAGCAGCUGCAUCCCUCCUCGACGGGCCCGACGGCGGCCGCAUGCUCGUCGGGGCCCGACCAGCCAUCUGCCCGGGCAUGCCCCAUCUGCCUGGACCACCUGGAUGAUCAGCCAUGCCCGCAGUUGCGCCGGGAGGGGGUGGACUUCAUCUACCGGUUCCGGCUCCUGACGCGGCAGGCCCGUGAAGAUCGGCUGUCCCUUCGGGUGUGUAUCUUCUGCGGGCGGCACCCGCUCGACCGGCCAUGCCCGGCCAUGAGCAAGGCAUUCCAGGGGCCGGUGCUGCUGGCGCCGGACCGGACAACCCAUGCCCAUCUUGCGGCGGCCGCCGCCACGACGGGGGGUCCCCCCGCCGGGGGUUCCCCCCCGCCCCUGGAGGGGGCGAUCCUCCUGCCGAAGUCCCCCCAUCGAGGGCACGAUGUGGCGCUCAUUGGCUUGUGGAAUGUGGCCCUGCCGCCGGAGUCGGACCCUGGCCUCCGGCCAGUGGGUCCCACGGCCCCGGCCCCGGGGGACACUUGCCACUUCUGCUUCCAGCACCCGGCCGACCAGGCGUGCCCGUGGCUGGCGCGCCGGGGGAUGCGCCUGUCCGAUGGGCUGCUGCUGGUCACCGCCCGCGAGGUGCAUGCUCGCCGAGGGCUGGGCCUGUGCGAUGCGUGCGGCAUGCACACCCGGGCCACCGAGUGCCCGCUUCUCCGACGCCAGGGGUACUCCUACAUGGAUGGGCAGCUGCUGCUGUUGCCGCGGGAAAUGCGCCGCCGCGCGCAAUUCCACCUGUGCAUGCGGUGCGGCCUGCACCGGCAAGAUGAGCCGUGCUAUUUGACGCACGAGCCGGUGGCCGCGGCCGCCGGCGGCCCCUCGGUCCAGGGCGUACCAUCCCAUGCCCCGCGGUCGAGGAGGAAUCCGGCCAUGUGUUCCUACUGUGGCCGGCAUCCGUCGACGGAAAUUUGCCCGGCGCUCUUUCACUCGGGGAUUGUUUUCCGCAACGGCAAGCGGACCCUCACCCGGCGAACCAUCCGCACCCGCAUGAAGGCCGGGGUGUGUCUCUUCUGCGGGCUGCACAUGAACUCCGAGCCAUGUGCCCGGCUCCGGGACCGGCAUCAGGUCCGCCACCUUGGCAAGGCCAUGAUCCUGGAGAGCGAUGCCUGGCAUGCGCGCCAGGCCGCCGGCCUGUGUCUGUACUGUGGCCGGCACCCGGCGAGCGAGAUCUGCCCGCGCGACCUGCUCCAGGCCGUGAAGGAGCCCUUCCAGACCCUGCUGGGCCGGGACACCUCCGGGGCUUGGCUGGCCGAGGGGGUGCGCGCGCGGCGCCUGGCGGCCCUGCGGUUCUUUGUCGAUGUGGCCGCGCCCCGGAUCAUGGCCGCCACGUUCGAGGAGGCCUUCCUGGCCACGCGGCCGGACUUCCGGCCCUGGUCGCCGGAACGCAUGGCCCAGGAGCGUGCUCUGGAAGCCGAGCGGGCGGCCCAAGCCGCCGACCUGGCCCGGCGCCGUGCUGCCUCGCCCCAUGGCGGCUCCUACGAAAAUGCCUACUCCGACUCGGACCCCGAGUCCGAGGGGGAUUUCGAUGCCGAGGCUCACAUGGGCCCGAGCAUUCGGGCUGCCUGGCUCCACGAUGACCCCCCUGCGGAUGACCAUGCGUCCGGCCUGCGGCGGCCAGGCCCAGGCCCGGCCGCCGGUGUCGACUCGGCUCCCUGGACCGAGGACCAGCAUGAGGACCAGCUGGUGGCCUCGCUCCAGCAGGACCUCUUCGCCAAGUAUCGGUCCCUGUUGCCGGAGAAGUAUCGCAAGUAUCUGGGGCGCCUGGUGCGCGAUGCGCAGGCCGCCCUGGAUGGCUAUGACUCGUCGGCGGGCUUCAUCCCCACCCAGCCGACUCCGGCCGAGCGGACCCUGACGAAGGCCGCGCGCUUUUGGAGCCCGUACGACCUCCUGACCGGCAGGCUGGCCCGCACCCGGCCCCUGUAUCUGGGCUACGAUUCGGCCAGCAACUUCCGGGCCUUCUUCGAUGCCGUGGAUGAGGAGACCGUCGGGCAGCCGGCCAGGUCCCACCGUCCGAAUGCCCAGGGCGAGGCGGAGCCCUCGGCCGCCACGGCCAUGUUGGUGGUGGGCCCGACGAUCGGGGCCGCGGUCGAUGAAGCCUCGGCCCGGCAGCCAUACCACCAGCCGACCACCGGCCUGGCGCAGUCGGCCCUCCCACGCCGGCGCGAACAGCUGGUCCGCCAGGCGACCAGCAUCCAGGAGGCCCAGGAGCGCGAGCGCGCCGCCAUCAUCGAGCGCGAGCGCAUCCGCCACCAGAGCCAGGAUGUCUGGCAGGAGGAGGAUGACCAGUACCUCUUCUAACGCGGGGAGUGGAGCGAGGGCGAGGGGGGUGCUUGUGGG